GUGGGGUAUGGGUGCGAACGAAACAAAGCACUGACACCCACACACCCACACCCCACAUCCACACCCACAUCCACAUCCACAUCCACACCCACACCCCACACCCAUACCCACACCCCAAACCCAUACCCACACCCGCACCCCACACCCAUACCCACACCCCAAACCCAUACCCACACCCAUACCCACCCACACCCUGAACCUCCAGUGACAAAAAACAAAUACCAAAAGAUAUUAAACGUGCUAUUACAACGUCUUGUGUUGAAUUUGUUCCUGAAGAUGGUCGAGUAUUCCACUUGCUUCAGAGACCUGAUUUUGUUCGUUUAGCGAAACAAUUAUUUGAUGGUGGUCAACGUUUAUCUUCAUCAACAAAUAUUAGUAUUAGAGAUUUACUACCAACUUCUUCUACUAGAAGUCGAAAUGUUGAUAAAAUGUAUGAUUUUUACAAGCAACAAUUAAUAAAAAAUUUUAAAUCAAUGGAUAGUUAUUGUGUGAUUGUGGAUUUCUGGUGUGAACCGUUUACAGGUUUAUCAUAUUGUGGUAUAUCACUUAGUCAUAUUGAUCCAGAAUUUCAAUCAUAUAUGUUUUCAAUCGGCUGUUUUCCAUAUAAAAUGGAAAAUAAACGUGCACCAACUAUUCGUAUAUUUGUUAAUGAUACAUUAAAAGAUUUUGGUUUAGUAUUGGAUCAGGAAAAAUUCGUCGUAACCGACAAUGAACCACCGAUGUUAUGCACUGUCAAUACAGAUUGUAAAAGAAUAGGAUGUAGUGAUCACUACAUCAACAAACAGCUUCAACAUACAUUUACAACAAAAACAAUUGAUGGAAAAUUUGUUAAUUGUGAUUUAGCUCAAGGACUUUUCAAUAAUGUUAAAACUCUUGUUUCAAAUAUUCGUCGAAUACACAAGCAGCAAAAUCUAUCGAAAAAAUUGGUUUUGUAUUCAGAUACACGUUUUAGUGGCGCAUAUGAAAUGCUCAAUGUAUUUUCAAGCAUUUUUGAUGAAUUAGUACAAAUCCUCGAUUCUAAACUAUCAGCAAUUUAUUCCAAUAUUGAUAAAGAUGUUUUAUUCGACGUAUGCCGUUUUUUAUUUCCAUUUCAUACAGUACUUCAAGCAUUAAGUGAUGAUAAACGACCGACAAUCCAUCGUGUAUUACCAUUCAAACAAUAUUUGAUCAAUAAAUGUAUAAUUGAUGAAAAUGAUGAUGAAGCUAUUAAAUAA